UUGACAACAACAAUACCUCCUUCUCUUAAAACACAGGAAGGCUGCAAUCGGGGAACGUGGAGGUGUAAAUAGCUGGCCCAGUUUCGAAUUAACGUUUGGCAUUUCCUGGGGUGAAGCACCGUGUGAUUCUUUCAAACUUAAGGUUAUUUUCUAAUCGAUGAACAUGAAGGAGAGCUUGCCACUGCAGCUAAAUGGAUAGCGCAGCUGAAAAUGACUAUGGUAAGUUUCCUACACUUAUCGGCCCGCGAGGUGCUCGCGCAGUGUAGUGUUUCGGUUUAGUAUGUGGACGUUCGAUUAUGCAUAAUCUUCCAGAUUUCUUGAAGUAAAAUUCAUAUCAAGUGCAUAGUUUAUAAAGUUGUUAGAAUUCAUCGUAUUGAGAGAGGAAUUGCCUCUUCUUUUGCGGACUAUUUUUCAAGAUGGCUGCCUUGCUCGGAAUCAUGUUAUGACGUGCUUCUUCAAAUAGACAUGAUACACACACACACUCGGACAAGCUGAAUUGGUGCUUUCGACUUCUUUGGUGGAGUGCUGUGCUUAAUUUGCUGGGAACUACGUAGUACAAGCUCGAAGUACUUUUCGUGAACGCUUGCAUUUUGUUAUGCGUAAUCCCGCAGAAAGCAAAAGUUCGAAAUCGUCCCGCACGUCGUUGUGACUUUUGCGCUGUCUGUGGAUUCAUGUGUCUGUGUGCUUUCGACAAGGAACAUGGAUGUCGAGGAAUUCCCUGAUCCGUCUUCACCUACACACGACUCACAGACAUAUUCUCAUGGAUGAAUUUCAUCCAUUUAUCGAGGCACUUCUGCCUCAUGUCAAGGCCUUCUCCUACACAUGGUUCAACCUGCAGGCUGCCAAACGCAAAUAUUUCAAGAAACAUGAGAAGCGCAUGUCCAUGGAAGAAGAACGCAGGGUCAAAGAAGAAUUACAGAAUGAGAAGGCGGAGGUAAAGCAGAAGUGGGCCUCGCGGCUUUUAGCAAAACUACGCAAGGACAUCACCCAAGAGUGUCGAGAAGACUUUGUGCUCAGCAUCACUGGUAAGGGUCCUCCAGUGUGUGUGCUCAGCAACCCUGACCAGAAGGGAAAAAUGCGACGCAUUGACUGUCUACGCCAGGCAGACAAGGUGUGGCGUCUGGACCUGGUCAUGGUCAUUCUUUUCAAGGCCAUCCCUUUGGAGAGCACAGACGGUGAGCGCCUGGAGAAGGCCCGUAGCUGUGUCCACCCAAACCUAUGUGUGAACCCACAUCACAUUAGUGUGUCUGUGCGGGAACUGGAUCUCUACCUGGCCAACUUUAUUCACAGCUAUGUGCCUGAUCCCAGAGUGGAUUAUGCAGACUUGCCUAUGAAUGGUGACCCUGAUAUCAAGGUUCCAGGCAACAUCCACUCAGGGGUUUCUGGUAAUGACAGCAUCAUGGCUACUGGGGUUUUCUCGGCCAGAGAGCUUCUUCGGGUCACACGAUCCUCCAUUAUGAUGCCACAGAAUGGCACGCAUGGCAUGGUGCCCCAGACUCGCUUGGACAGUCCCAGCAGCUAUUACAGCUACAGCCCUCAUGCCCAAGAUCCAGGCCAGCCCACAAUGGUCUCCCUUCAUCCUGCUCUACCCAAUGGCCAGCCUGGUGCCCUCAGCCCAGCCGGCAACCCCCACAAGCGCCUCAAGCGCACGACUAUGUCCUCAAUUUCGUCAGCCGAGGAAGAUGUGGAGAGUGUUGGUGAAGAAGGGGAGAAUUUGAGCGGGUACUUUGCGAAGUCUGCAGCAGGCCUGACAGCCCAUCAGUGGCAGGGGGACCAUGUGGAUCACAGUGUGGCCCAGUCCCCAACCCCCCACAUCUUCCAGUCCUCCCUCCUGCAUACCCAGCUAAAAGGAAAGGGCAGCUCUGCAGGCUUUGUGCCAGUAAGCAGUGCCCCUCAUGGAGAUGGCAGCAGCGAUUCCAGUGGCAGUCUUCAGACAGCAACAUCCCCACCCCAGCCCCUCAUCUCCCACACCCUGGGAACCAUACUACCCCGCCCCCAGCCACAGACCACACCCCCUGAAGUCAGCCCAGCCAUGUCACAGUCUCUGGGCAUAGGGAGUAACCCUGGAGGUGGGCCACAUCAUGGAUCUAUGAAAUACAGUGACAAUCCCCAGGGCCCCGACACUUUUACUGACUUCGUCACUCUCGUAUGUCAAGAGGCCCAGAGCACUCAAAAUCAACACCAAUCUGGGCAAUCCUCACCUCCACUGAAGAGCCCAACAAAGUUAUCGCAGUUCUUCUCUCCGGGUAUGCUGCCUCCCCCACCUCCACCCCCACCAAAUUUGGCACGACCUGUGGCCAUUCAUCGAACCUCAGAUGGUCAGAGCACUGUUGUUUCUUCGGCAAACAUGCCAACCUCUACAUCAGCCUCAAACAGCUCAGUGAGUGGCAGCACACAGGGUGGGGGGCUGACAAGCUCUCCCUCCACUCCUCCCCCAAGUCGUGGCGUUGUGUCUAGUCCAUUCACCGUCCUGUCGUCUCGCCCUGAGCAUGCUUUCUCCCAUAUACACCCACAGGGUCAUCAGGUCUUUACUUACCCCAGUCUUAGUCCUGUGAAUGCCAUCAGUGGAGUUAUCUCCCCUACCACGCUGAGCUUGAUAGCAUCGCCAAUGGCAACACCACGCACCACUCCCCGCUCCACACCCAUUCCACGGUGGACCACGCCUUUCAUCCCACUGGAUGAAAAUGUGGACUACAGCAUGCUGGCUAACAUCAUGCCAACCGUGAAUCCAGACGAGGCACUCUUGUCUGAGGAGCGUUACUUCUCGGCAGUGCAAAGUGCUGAAGGAAUGGACUCGGGAAAUGGGAACGGAGGCCACUCUAGCCACACAAGUCAGACUGUGUCACCAGCGUCCUCACACGGCCCACCUCCCACCGCCCACCCCCAUGCCAGCCCCCUCCCACCAAGUGGCAACUCACCCAAACCGCACACCCAGUCUCAAGGCACCACCUGAUGCUGUGAGGCUUCAGCAGGACAACAGAUACCUCGGGUGUUUCGUCAUACACCCUACUGUAGAUGGAGAGAGACACUGGCUCCACCUAGUGCUUUGCUUGGCUGUGAUACAAGUCUUAUUACAAACACUGUAUCUGCACCUCACAGUGGGGUGCCAGACAGAAUGUUUUUUUUUUACUUGGACUCCUGUUAAUUUUAUUCCUACUAUUUUUUCAGUUUGUGUGAUAUGAUACAGAGCUCCUUGUUAUCAUCGUGUAUUUCAAUAGUAGUGAUGAUGAUAAUGAUGGUGACAGUUGUGUUUUACGACGAUAUCAAAUAAUUUUUUAAUUGUACUGGUGGAUUCCUUUUUCCCUUGAAGUCAUGGCUAACCCUUAAUCCAGGUUAUAUUGUUUCUUCCCUUUCUUCCUCCCUUAACUGCCUCCCUCCUCCAACCCCCAACCUUUAUCGUAGAAUCAUUUCUUGUAAUGAAAUUUGACAACUGUGUGGUCUUGUGGCUUAAUCUAGUUGCUUUGUAUCCACUGCAGCAGCAGUUUUCCAUUUCUAACGUUUGUAUCCCUCUCCAGGAUCCUAGUGGCUAUCAUGUUUGUAUCAGUCUCCAGGAUCCUAGUGGCUGUCCUACCAUAGGGAGGGGUAUGGAGAAAGAAAGCUGUUACUAGGCUGCAUCCAGUUCCUUUGUGUCCUGUUACUUAGACACUUUGAAGUCUUCUCUCCUCAUUCUCACAUACUUUAUUGCAAGUGUUUAUGUGAAAGCUUUAUUUAGUAUCUGUGUUUAUUGAUACAUUCGCUCAACAAAUGUGCUGUCUUUUUUGGUUUAGAACAAGAUCCAAUAUGGCUCACUAAUUUGUAGAGGGGAAGGUCUAGAAACAAAUUGUACUGAGCCAAAGAACAGAAGGGAAGUUACAGGCAUUCUCUCUGGAAUUUUUAAUUUUUGGGGGAUUCUGAAAAUAAGCAAAAAUCAUGGCAAGGGUGUAAUUUCUGCAUGGUUAAGCUCAGAACCCAGUAAGCUGUAGACCAUGUGAAAGAAGGUGCAUUAGUGUGGGUUGUGUUGUCUCUUUACAUUUUAAAAAAAUUUAUGAACUGUUUGGGGUUUUUUUUUUCAAAUGUGUUUGUAAUUGGACAAUUUCCCUCUCUGAACUUCUGAGGAAGAUAUGCUUUCUUCUGUUACUUUGUCCUUCUCAAAUAUGGCUACCAUCUGACUUUCCAGUUUCUUUGGAAGUAACAUCCUCCUUUUGGGCUUUAUCAACAAAUGGAGAUCUUUUGUAUGAGAAAUAUUUUGUCUGAUGUCUUUGAGGAGUUUUUGAGAAAGAGCUGCAAUGAAGAUUUUAUGAGCUUCUGCUGACUUUGUGCGAUUUGGUAGGAACAUUAAUUGAAGAAAUUUUAAGAGCAAAAAAAUAGAUGAAAAAUUUACUAAGGUCACAGGUCUUUUGAGGAUGAGGUGCUUAGCAGUACAUUAUGUGACGUAUAAUAGGUAUUUUCACUGUUGUUGUUUUUUGAUACAAGUGUGUUAGUAGUUCAUCACGAAAAAGUGCAAUAUCCGUAGAGUAUGUCAUCUAUAUAAUUCUUGAGAUACUAGAGAAUAUUCUUGCUUGGGAUAUGUUUCACAUAGUGCAUCUAUAUCACUAAUCCCUUGUCCUCUGUUAAGAAUAAUAUUUGAUCUAAAAAUAAAACCAGCAAUGCAUGAUGCUAACACAUAUAUGACUGGUGUGAUGGUAACUUCUGUAACUAUUAGGGAGACACCCCACUUAACCCCCGUGCUAGAUGUGGUAAAAUCAUGUAAAAUACGUUUAUUAAAAUUCUGUAUAAAUUCUGGACCUAGUAUCAGAAGAGAAAGACCAAAGAAUCGGUGAUCUGUAAUAUCUUCCUGUUGUAACCUGGGAGCACUGGACUAUUUUUCGUCGAAACAAGUAUGCUAAGAGUGGGUUGGAAUACCCAGUGGCCAGUCAUGUCUGUGACAGUGUGCGCUUGGUGGUUUUUUUAUCUGUCGGGCUUUUAUAAUGUGUAUUUUGUGUCAGUUUGCAUGUUGCAAUCAGCUUGUGUAUCAUUGUCAGUUGGUGUGUCAGUUGAUGUGGCCCCUUCCUUGAGGGUCUUGCUGGAAAAUGGGAACAUCCAGAUUAGUAACAGUCGGCUAGAUGGUCACCAGAUAGCAGUGUGUGAUAAAAAUGUUUUGAGAAUGGCCGUGAAAAUUCACUGUCCUAAAGAAGUAUUCUUACAGCUUGCAAAGUGCUGAAAGCUUGCUGUUUCUUGUCAUCUAACCUCAGUAAGGGCAGCUAAUGCAGUUCUUGUUUGUUCAUCAGGAAGUGAGGUUUAAAAAUGCAGAAAUUUAGGAUCUAGCAAGUGUUUCCAAGAGCUGCCUGCAGUUGAAGCAAAGGAUGUGAUUAUUAGUGCUGCUUACAGCACUGUUGUUAGUGUACUGUUGAUCAAAAGGCUAUCCCUUUCUUUUCUUCCAACAGGCAUUAUUAGCGCAGUUUAUAGAUUGCCAUGCCCUUUAGCAUGACUUGUGAAUCCGUAUUUGUUUUUCAGUUGGUGGACGUUAUUCUAUAUGUGGUCAAAUGAAAUGUUUUGGCUUUUAGUUCUGAGGAAAAAUCAGGUUAUAACUGUUGUGAUGCCCUUUGCCUCAGUUGCUGUCAUUUUUCCAGGUUUCCUUGUACAGUCUUGAGCUUUAUCUAAAACGUGCAGAUAAUUUUACCACCAUUAACUGGAAGUUUCUUGCAAGAAGUCACCCUGUAUGUCACUGUGGUUUGUGACUUCAACACUUGUUAAAGUAUGCAAAGAAUCUCAUGUGAUCAUGCAUGUUGUCAGACCCACUGGCUGUCUUUUUAUAUCCAUGUUCUGUGGCAAGAGCCUGUCCUUACAGUGACAGAGCAGCAGCAUGCUGUUGGUGAGGAGUUUAAAGUAUUAGUUGUUGUAACAUACAGAACUAUGCAAAUGUUUUUAACUUGCCCUUUUGGAUCUUGGCAACGCAUAAGCAACUUGGUACUUCCUUUUGAGGAUUUAUGUUGAGAACAGCUUUUCACUGAGGGGAAAGGAAACUGGAAGCUGGGUGCCUGGGGCAUGUGCGUCGAGUCAUCAGCAGAUCCACAGAAGGAGAGUAGUUUACAUUUAUGCUCACUGGCUUGAGCUGGCAUUUGUGACUGUUGAGUCAUAAAUGAUUUGAACAAGUUUCAGUGCUGUUAAAAUAGUCCCAUGUGGAAGAUAUCUUCCCAAAGUCCACUCUUUGAGAGAUAGAUGACCCACACAUGGACUCUAGUUACAUCUUAAAGUGUGGAUAGAUACAUUGAUGUACUGUCAUGACACUGACAGCAACUGAGAAUGUAAGUGCUCUUUAUAGUCAAACCUUGUUUGAAUUAUCACCAGUGGUCUGGCCCCAAAAUUUGUAAACACGUUGGCAAGCUGACAAAAUCUAGGUACUCAACAUAUCACCAUACUGUUAACCAUAUCUGUUUUUUCCUUUAAUAUAAUGUUUAUCGCAACUGUAAUAUAACCCUAAAGCACAUCAAUAUCAAUAUAAUUUGACAUUGUACAGUGGAUUUGAUCCGUAGAUAUGCAUCUAGGUGAGAUGCACUGCUGGUUCACAGGUAAGGAAAUCAAAGGACAAUGCUAAUGAUAGGAGGCUUGUAUAGCACACUGAUCCCAUAAAAUAGUUUAAGGUGCUGUUGAAUCAGAUAGCUGAUUUUUCAAAAACCCACGUAAAAGAUCAUUUAAUGCGGUAAAUAUCAUAAAAUGAUUUAAUCUUAAGCACAGAUUAGUACCACCUAGUGGUUGUGCUCAGAUGUCGUUUGCAUAGGAAUUACUAAUGCGUAGUCCCAAUAAGUCUGGUGACCAGUAGAAGUAGCAGCCAGUUCAUGACUAGAAGACUAAGACCAGGCUUGUUGAGUGAAAUGUUGACCACCAAUAUUUGUUGAGCUUUCAGAUUAGCACUUUCCACCAUUUUGUAAGCUGUUACAAGGGCAAGAAACAAAAAUGAGAACUAGGUAAAUGACAUGGCAGAAAACUUCUUAAGAGACAGGAUGGUGAGCUAAUAUGUGGGGUGGAGGGUGGGAGUAGUAGUGUGGUUGUGAACUAACAAGGUUUGACUGUGCACAAAGGUACCAAUUAUUCACUCAAGAACACCUGUGGACACUAGUCAGCAAAUGAUCAAGCCAUAAAACCAAAGAAACUUUAUAAUCUUGCUAAGUCCAGGCAGGAGCUUGAUGGAGCAAGUUUUUUUUUAAAACUGAGAUGGAUCUGCUGGGUUACUCGGUAAUGUUAACAAGAGAGGUUUUUUCUUAGCACUUAACAAUGUGAAGGAUGUUUUGUUCCCUCGGUGAAAGGUUGGCUGAGUGUUGCGGCCAGUCACCAGUUGUGUAUUGGCUGAGGGUAUUGUAACCACUUCUCUGAAUUUUUUUUUCAAUGAGGCUAUGCAAAGUAGAUGCAGUUCUUUCUCUUUACAAAGAUCUUAUUUGCAGAUGUUUGUUAUAUUGGCAGCCUUGGUGCACUGAUGCAUGCAUUAGGAACUCAUGAAAAAAAAUCUUAAUUUUCUGCCUUUACAAGAAGGCUAAUCUCUUUUCACUAUGCUUCACACCAGUAGGGCAAGUACCAAAAAUUUUUUUAAAAUGGAAUAUUUUUCUUUUCUUUUUUGUCUCUAUUUGUAAAUUUCUUGUUUCUCAUUUUUCAAAGAACUGUUAUCACCUUGCAGCACUUACUACUCAUGUUUGUGAUAAGGUGAAAUGCUGGCAACAUCUGCUGGCCAUGUCAAGGUACAUAUAUUGUACCUUAACUAGUUUCUCCAUUUGUCCACCCAGAGACGAGGAUUGGACAUGUGGGUCAGUUGGAUUUCUACCUCCAUGUUUCCAGUGCCUGCUUCACAUUUCUUGCUGUCUUAAGGUAUUCGUCCAUCCAUUCAUGCUGAUUGAGACAUCAAUGUCUGAACACUGCAACACUUGUUCUCUCAAGUUCAAUGUUGAUGGCAAACAAUGUACUUCAUAGUUUGCAUGUUCAUCUGUUUGUUUUUUUAAAGAGGUUCUAGUUGUAUGCACAAGUUGUCCAAGCUGAUUUAAAUCGGAUUGGAAGCUGUGAAUGAACGAAAUGAUAACAAGCACAGGUAAUGUUUUUUUUAAAGACUUCCCUGUUCAUUUAUUAUUCCAAAUACUGGCUUCUACAGACACAUUGUGGAACUGGGAAUCCGACUGUAGCCUUUAUUGUUAAGAUAGUGCAUUGUAGAUCAUCAUUGUACUUUGUUUACAGCGUCAGAGGUGUCACUAUCUCUGGUUGUUUUGGACAGUUGGCACUGAGCAUUUACUGUCAAAUAUGUAUUCCAUCCAGGUGAUGUUUAUGACAUGAACUGUUUGUAAUCCAUGAAGGAACAAGUAUUUAUUAUCAUCUUGUAUGAUUGAUACAAGGUGCUGAGAGAUUUUCAAUCCAUAGCUGUGAUACUUUUAAAGGUAUCUAAUGAUGUUUCGCCCCCACCCAAGGAGAUUUGAUGGGAGCUGGAUUUCAAAAUUUAACUUUUGACAAUGAAAGCCAUCACUGGCAUAAAAUUUACCUCAGUGUAAAAGAGCUGCUGCAAAACAGAAUAAUGAAAAAUCGUUUAUUUAGAAGACAUCUGUAUGUUGCAGACUUGGGUUUUGUUCAUCAAGUAAUUAGUGAAAAUGUUGAACAAAGACAAAUAUUAUUUUCUGUUUACUUUUAGAUCACCGUGAUCGAAACAUGAAGUUUAUUUUUUCUUUAGUAAAUUCAUGUUUCAGUUUUUAAUGAGAGUUGAAUUACAGUUUCUUCUUUCAUGCUCUAGAAGAGGUGUGGGCACCAGCAUAGACAAAUAACAUUAUCCUACCAUUCUUUAUGGUUGGUAUCACUUUUAAAGUGUGUGGCAUAUCUUAAUUUUCUUUUUUAAAUUUUAAAAUUGUAGAGUUAUUUUAUAGACACUCAAAUAACACUGUUAUAAACCAAAGGUGGAUAUGACCCAAGAAUAUGAACGUGGAACAAGCCAGAUGACUUUCAGAAACUGGUGUUAUGUUAAAAAGUGCUGGUGUCGACCGGAUAUAUAAAGGUAUCAUGAUUGGUUGGGAAGACAGGAUUCCAAGUUUCGCUUUCGUCGAGGAAGUGCUGUGUUCAACACCACUUGCUCAUUGCCUCAUGGGCAAACCUGUCAGUCCCAGAACAAUGGUGGGUUCUGUUGCUGAAACUUUUCUUGCAGUGCACUGCUCUUUUUAUGUUGUCUAGCUCCACUGACCUCUGACCUGGGUGUGAUAGAAUGUGUAUAUUUGCAUGUAGGUGGUAUGUGUGUGAAAGGGAGGUAGAGACAACAGAAGAAAAAUUGUAAAUUUAUAUUAAGCCAUCUUGCCUGUCUGCCCUUGCUUCAUUUUUUUGUUACAGGACAGCUUGUCUAUUGUGAGUGGUGUGGGGGCUUGCAUGUUGUAGUCACAUGCCUGUCUUUGUUCUCUGGAAACUGCAGCAUACUGUUAUAGGCUUUUUAUAGCUGUACUUGUUUUAAACUCUUCCAGAUGAGUACUAUGAUGGGAAAAAAGAUCAAAUUGUUUUAUCUUUUGGGCCCUUUCACCCUUUUAAACUAUGCACUGACCUUGGGUUGAGAGUGGGGCCUUUCCUGUGCAUGAGAAUGUAGCAUGUUUGUCCAGUUGCUCACGUCUUUGUAUGUGAGUGGUGUCAUGUUAACCAGUGUACAGCAUUUGUUUUUUCAACAGUAUUAUUCUUGAGUGUUGCAACUUGUGAGUCUUAUUAACUAUCAAUAAUGCUGUGGAUUCAAUAAUUAUUAUGUAAGUGAUUUAUCAAUGAUGUAUCCAAGAUCAGAAAGUCUUCCUUUGAGUUAGUGGUUCUUUUCCUCUCUUACAGUCACAGAUGUGUCAGAUGGUGAAUUUUGAUGAGAUAUGCUUGGUAUGUGGAUAGUCUUGCCCUCUUUAUCUUUUAGGAACAUGACCAAGUUUUGUUUUCAUGUCAGCAGAAACUUUUGACACCUUGUGUACAAAAUUGACCCACAGAAGUGUACAGAUUUAUGUAUGUAAAUAUGUUUGAUUUGUAUACAUAGCUGUUUAAUUUAUUUGCCAAGCAAUGUCAUGGGUUUGGGGUCGGAGAGAGGGAGGGAUGGUGAGGUGGCAUGUGGACGUAUACAGCAGAUGGGAUUUCGGGGUUGGGUGUGAUCUAGGAUUGGGUAUGAAUCUGAUGCGCUGGAGGUGAAGGAUUGAGACUGUGAUGAUGUAGUUUACUCGACCUUGUCCCCUAGCAAGGUGUGCUAGGGAAUGGCAUCAAGUCAGGGGAAAGUAUUACUCUAAGACUUGCCUCUUCUCUAUUUCUUAUUUUUAGAUCUUGCAUCACACACUUUUUUCUUUGGGAUGAACUUUGCUGUGCUGUUAUGGUUUUUUUUUAAAUUUUGUUACAUUUGUUUUUAAAUUAACAUUUCUUCAGUAUAAUUCCAUCUUUGGAUCAGGUCAUGCCAAUCAAAGAACAGCCUGUAAGGUACUGAGACUGUUCUUAAAAACCUACCUCCAAUGUUCCUUAUUGACUCAAGCAUAUAGGGGGAAAAAAAUCCAUCUAAAAUAAGGAAACUUAAUGUGACACAUCAGCAGUAUGGCAACUCUCAUUUUCUUCCUAUAAGCACCACAGGCAGCCGCCUACUGAUGUUCCAGGCCCCUGCCAGCUGAAUGCUUUUAACUCCUCUACAUCCUGUGCUUUGACAGCCAUGGGCAGACAAGUUGCUAAGUAGUGGUUAUGCAAGAACUGCACUCGCCCAUCAGCACUCUCUUGACCUUGUCACAUGCAUGUGAAGCCAGUUCAUUAAGGGAAGUUAAAGUGCUAUCUGAUGCUUGCCAGUUUUGAAAUGUGAUAAUGGAUGGUUUGAUAUUAAGCUAUUUACACUAUGUUGUUUUGUUGUUGCCACUGUGAGCAGAAAGCUGGUGUACAUUUUUGCAUAUAUUUAUGAAACAAAUACAACCCCAUCCUUGGCGGUUGAUAAACAAGAAAUCCAGGAAAAAGGGGACUUAUGUUUCCCCAAACUUUAACCCAUCACUAGUUACAUCAGGUGACGUGAAAAUGUCUUUUGGGGAAAAAAAGCUCUAUGCAACCAUUUCUGCAGACAGUAAACAGUCCCUCAUCUCUCAUAGAGGUGACAUGGAACCAUGGCCUUCUUAGCUUUGACACUCAGCACGAAUGCUGUGCUUACUGAAGACAAAUUGUAAUUCAUGUGAAUAUGUCUGGAGGCAGAUGUGCCAGAUUUUUUUUUAAAAUUGACCCUAUUCCUUGCACUGAAACAUUCAGUCCGUCUAGUUUAUCUUACUACUAAUUUUUCUGUUUGCUUUGUCCAUGCAUGAAUGGAGCACAUUGCUGUGCAUGAUUGCCAGGUGGUGGUGGUGGAUGAGUAGUGUACACACAUCUAUGUGUGCAUACAUGUGAGACAAUUGUCCAUCAUGAAUUCUUCAAGUUUUGCUUAAUGAUUUGUAUGACAUUUGACCUGUAGCAUUUGUUUCCUGUCAGCCAAAGUUGAAAUAAUUCGGGUCAUAGAGCAAGACUGCCCCAGUUCUUGGUGCAGUCCCUUGACUGAGGACAUAUUGGAAGACUGUAUCACGAUAACACCGAGAUCUAUGUUUAAAAAAUGGCAUUUGCAUGUUCAAAAUUUAGGUUCAACCAAGAUUAUCUGAGAUUAACGUGCAGCCCCAUACAUUGCCCAUUUCUGUAUGAAACACUUCUAAAUUAUAAGUAUGCUAAAAAAAAAGGUAUUAGCAUGACAACUACAUUUCGGUAGGGAAAAGGGGGACAGAUUUUUUUCAAAUGUGUCGAUUCCAAGAAAUGAAAGUUUAUAGUAAUAAUUUCCAUUCAUGAAAGGAGAGGAAUGAUGAAACACGACCUGUGCAUCUUUAGAGUCAUCAUAACAUCCCCUAACCAGUAAUGCCGGUGCAUCAGCCAAUAAUGGCCUUCACCUUUCGCUGUGGGGACAUGGUAGACUAAAUGUGUGGCCACACAGAUAUGAAAUAAAAGGGUCUAUUUUAAAUGGUGAUUUUUAGGGCACCUGGUGGAGGCAGAUCUGGGGUCAAAGAUUUGUGGCAAGCUCAGGAAGGUUUUGGUUGGGGAGCAUUGUGUGAGGCGAUGGGAGGGCAACGAUCAAGUUUCGUUACAACUGACACUGUUGCAGACACUGAGGUUUGCUUUAUCAGUCAACUAGCCCAACGUAUUAUGUUCAUGUUUUGAGCUAAUAAACCAAGAAACCUCCA